AACAAGACCUAAAUUUGCAGUGUACGUCGCAUUUAAAAGUAAUUCUAAAGUAUAUGUCGCGUAUAUGGAUUAAAAUGAAAUUUUCGCAUUAGAACACUUAAUUCAAUUUGUAAUAAUUUUGUAAAAAUACAUGCGGAGUGAUAUUUAUUCGGUGAAAAAACUAUUUUGCAAAUGUUAACAGAAAUGUUGAGAUUAAAUACGGUGCUAAAUAUUUAUUUCUAACUGUAAGUCUAUUUAUUAUUAUAUAUUUUAAUAUUAUAAAUUUUGUAAUAUUUGCUUUAAUUAAAUGAAGCCUUCUUCAUGUAAUAGGUUAUAAACUUAUUCAAUCUUAUUUCAUUUAACCUUAAAAUUAUAGUUAUUGCAAAUGUUAUUUUGUUCUUUUUUUAGAUUAUGAAUAUCGUUAGAAAUCUAAGUUUAGCUUUGAAUAAAAUACCUGCAAUUAAAGAAAAGUUAUUUUCUCCAAAAUAUUUAUUUUAUACAAAUGUAACAAUAUCUGUUUCUCUUUCUGCUGUUGGAGACGUACUAGAACAACAUUAUGAAAUGUUAAAGGGUGAGUGGCAUGAAUGGAGUUUUAAAAGAACAAGAAACAUGGCAAUAUCUGGCAUGACUAUUGGUAUAGUAUGUCAUUAUUGGUACAAAUAUUUAGAUAAUAAGUUACCAGGUCGUAGAAUUGACAUUGUUUUGAAAAAAGUUGUUAUAGAUCAGUUAGUCUGUUCUCCUCUUUGUAUUGCAGUGUUCUUUUUAACAUUAGGUAUUUUAGAAAAAAGUAAUUGGUCCGAAUUGAAAAAUGAAAUUAUUCAGAAAGCACAUAGAUUGUACAUAGCAGAAUGGAUCAUUUGGCCACCAGCCCAAACUUUUAAUUUCUAUUUUCUGCCCAAUAAAUAUAGAAUUCUUUAUGAUAAUACUAUAUCUCUAGGCUAUGAUGUGUAUACUAGUCAUGUAAAACAUGAUAAUUUAAUACACAGUUCAAAAAAAUAAUCUUUUUGAUAGGCAAUAAAUUUUUAGAUAGACAAAUUAUCUAAAUAAAUUUGUAAAUAGUAAUAUUAUCUUUAGAAAUAAAAAAGUAACUUCUAAACUGUACAUGUUCUUUAAUUAAAUGAAGAGGAAAAUAUAUA